AUGAAUGAAAAACCACUAUUUUUGUCCUUAAAUGGAAGAUAUUAUGAUGUAAGACAGUUUGCCUCUAAACAUCCGGGAGGAGUUAAAGUUCUUGAAAGGUUAGCUGGUAGUGAGAUUGAUAGAUAUAUGAGAGGACAAGAUAAAAUACUAGGUGUUAAACAUGAACACUCAUCUGCAGCCUAUAAUAUGUUGGAACAAUAUUCUGUUGAUAAAGAACAAGAAAAAGAUCCAUUACUUGAAAAAGGAAAACCUAUACUAGCUAGUAUUGGUACACUUGGUGAAGAUUAUAUUAGAUGGAUACAUCAACCAUAUGAUGGAACAUUAAGAUUAUUUGAGAGUGAUUUUUUGGAACGUUUAACUAGAACACCAUGGUAUAUUGUUCCAUUAGUAUGGAUGCCAGUUGUCUUAUUUUUUGGAAUACAGGGAAUCUAUCUAAUGACUACAAAAUAUGGAACAAGUCUCGGAUUGAUAUAUUCAUUUACUUUAUUUAUUCUAGGAGCUUUAGCAUGGACACUUCUUGAAUAUCUUCUUCAUAGAUAUGUUUUUCAUUGGGAACCAAAUCUUAAAAGUCCAAAUCAAAUACUUUUUCAUUUUUUGGCUCAUGGUCUUCAUCAUAAGACACCUUUUGAUGGAGAUAGAUUAGUUUUUCCCCCAACUCCAGCUCUUUUUAUAGUUGGCUUUUUUUAUUUUUUAUAUACAAGUAUCCUUCCAUGGGAUAUAUGUUGUUGUUUUGCUGCAGCUAAACUUUGUGCUUAUAUAGGUUAUGAUGUCACACAUUAUUGGCUUCACCAUGCUCAAUUUAAACCAAAUACAUUGGCACAUUACAGAAAAGUUUACCAUCAUAAUCAUCAUUUUAAAAAUUUUGAUGUAGGUUUUGGUAUAACAACAAAUUUAUGGGACUACGUUUUUGAUACACUUGGGUCUGGACCUUUGUAA